GUAGUUUUUCAGCCAUGCCUGUAGCGUUAUUAACCAUGGAUGACUCAACGAUCGGAAAUGUGCCGAAGCUGUUGCCUUUUAUCCGCUCACGCUCGUGUGGGAAUUUGCCAACGUUGGAUCUUUCCUUUGACGAUGUGAUGAGAAGAGCUCUGGAUAAGAACUCGUAUGCCAAGCGUUUCAGGCCCCUUUUUCGACAACUGGCACUGCUAUCUUUUGCCCGCAACCUGAUGUUCUUUACCGCUGUUGCCAUCGGUGUUGUGCGAGCCCUGUCUGAGGAACAGCGUGAAAGCCAGGAGCCAGAAAACCAGGAAAAGCCAGUCAGACGUCGUUGGCUCCUGGAGCUUCUUCCCGUUUUCCAAGGAUUAGGCUUCGCCUUCUCCCUGGGCGAUUUAAUCAUGGCUCUGAAGCUGUGGUACAGUGUGCGGAAGAUGCGCGGAAAGUGGUUCCUGUCGGCCGUGAAUCUCUGGGAGAAUACACAGAUAUCUCUGGGCUGCUUUGAGAGUGACGAUCUGAAGGUGAAUCUGGAUCUCUAUUUCCUGUUUGCCGUACCGGCGACAUGCUACAUGGUGACGUGCCGGCGAAUGAUCCUGCCGUUCCGACAGUUGUUCUGGGCCGAGGUGCACGACGACGGUAUUGAUCUGUCGAGCAUUUCAGGCCGGUUAUACUGGGUAUCCUUUCUGAUAUCUGCUCGAAUCUGCGACGUUAUGGUGGACCUUAUCGAUUGGUCGGACCUUUGGGUGAAAUAUGUUGUCUUUGUUCUUCUGCGCCGGAAAGAAGUCUUCUGUAUCAAUGACUAA